ACAUGGACGUAAUGGACGUGGACCCACUGAGCCAGCUGGUAUUUGCUUUGCAAUACGGUCAAGACUAUCAAGAAGCAACUAAAAAGGCGGUCCAAGAAGCAACUAAAAAGGAGAUCGAAGAUGUAUACGAAGCAUAUAAAGAAUUCUUUUAUAAAUACCAUCAAGACAACCCUGGAGCAACCACGGAUUGCUAUAAGGAAUAUCUUAAAACUCUUGUUAAACAAGGUAAACAACACACGUUUAUUGGGAGGAUAGAGGAGCAACGGGGAGAAGAAUUUGAAUACUGUUACUGGUUUUAUGCUACAGUUAGAAUAUUAUUA